AUGCCAGGCUCUUUCGACAAUCCUCCGGCUUCUCCUCCGUACGAGAGCGAGCGAUCGGCUUACUUUGCCCCGCCCAGGCCGUAUCCUCAGGACGCGGAUUACAAGGAUUAUCCCCCGAAUGAGCGACCCGGCUACUACCCACCGCCAGAUCGAUAUGACAACGGCUUGGCCUAUGGGGAUCCCCACCCUCCACCACCCAAUCGCCAAGGCUCAUAUGGCACCUAUCCACCACCGCGCCAGAAUUCCUACGACGCUUACCCGCCUCGGCAGAAUUCCUACGACAACUACCCACCGCAACUACAGCAGGCCCCACGACCGUCCCAAGCCGGGCGGCAACCGUCAUAUCCCUACCCUUCCUCGGACUCCAGAUCCUCCUCCUACGGCUAUCAGUAUGCCCAGCCUCCGGAGAACAUCACUUACAAGACGGAUGUUCAGCGACGGCAAUACUCCCAGUCCGAGGCCCCAUACUAUCAUGACCAGCCUGGAUCUCGCAAGCAGUCGCAGAGCGCGUAUGAUCCGAGAACGAAUGCGGUAGAAGUCACGCCAUAUGACCGCUCCAGCGUUGUCUCGACUCAAAGCCGGAUGGAAAUAGAAAGACGAACGAGCGGCGGACUCCAUAGUGUUGCUCCUUCAGACGCCUUGGCCCCACGCAUGGCCCAUCUCUCGGUCGGAGGACUCGGCGUUCACCAGCCCGCGGUCGGAGGAGAACUGCCUCCACCCAGUCCUCUACUCGAGGCUUACCGAGGAACCUACCAACAAAUGUCACCCCUACCACUGGCCCAUCGACCGCACGACGACGAGGAUGAUCUCAGCGACCUGGAACCCCUCUCACCCGCCAGAACGCAUGCGAGCAGCAAAUCCGUCCGCAUCACGGAGGAGACGGUGAUCCGCGAGAAGGAAAAGAAGCGCGUGACCGUCUACGAUCCCGAAGAAGACGCAAAGAAGAUCGGCAAAGCGCUCCGCCACCACGGCCACCCCAACGGCGAAGUCAUCUGCCAAAUCCUACCCACCCUCUCGCACGACCAGAUCGUAUAUCUGCGCAAGGAGUACAAGAAGCAGAUCCGCGUGCAGGGCAAGGGCGUCAACCUGUCGAAGCACAUCAACUCCGAGCUCAAACACAACUUCGGCAAAGCGGCGUACGUCACCGCGCUCGGCCGCUGGGAAAGCGAAGGCUACUGGGCCAACUUCUUCUACCAGUCGCACGGCAGCCGGCGCGAGCUGCUCAUCGAGGCGCUCAUGGGCCGCAGCAACGCGGACAUCUGGAACAUCAAGGACGAGUUCAAGGACAAGCGGUACUCCGACGACCUCGUCAAGUGCAUGGAGAAGGAGCUGAAGAUGGACAAGUUCCGCACCGCCGUGCUGCUUGUGCUCGAGGAGCGGCGGCAGGAGGAGCAGGACGUGUAUCCCGUGGAGUACCGUAUGAAGGACAUCGAGACGCUGCACAAGGCUUUGACCGCCCCGAAGGGAGGCGAGAGCACCAUGUUGGAGAUUAUUGUGCUGCGCAGCGAUGCGCAUUUGAGGGAGGUGUUGAAGUCUUAUGAGAGGGUGUAUAAUGAGAACUUCCCGCGAGCGGCGCUGAAGAAGAGUAAUAACCUAGUGGGCGAAGUCAUCGCGCACAUCCUCAACGGCGUCAUCAACAAGCCCGCCCGAGACGCUCUCCUGCUUCGCCACGCCAUCGAGGACGUGGCGGAGAAGAACAAGGACGAGGAGCUGCGGUAUGAACUGCUCAUCUCCCGCUUGGUGCGCUUGCACUGGGACAAGGUGCACUUGCUGCGGGUGAAGCGCGAGUACGAGUCGAAGCGCGGCCAGUCGAUUGAAGAGGACAUCCAGAAGGCUUCCAAGGGCGAUCUGGCCGAUUUCCUUUGCGCGCUCUGUCAGACGAAGUAG